GCCGUCACUCUCCCCUCGCCGGACCGGCCACGUGGGCGCCAGCUCGGGGCUGCGGGUGCGGGUCUGGCCCAGGCCGCGCGAGCUCGCCGGCGCCUGCCCCGCCACCGCCUGCCCCGCGGGGGAUGCCGGCCGGCCGCGCGCGCGCGUAACCGCGGCCCCGCCAUGAGCGUGGGGUUCAUCGGAGCCGGGCAGCUCGCCUUCGCCCUGGCCCGGGGCUUCACCGCGGCAGGGGUUUUGGCUGCUCAUAAGAUCACAGCAAGUUCCCCAGACACUGACCUCCCAACUGUAUCUGGACUGAGGAAAAUAGGUGUAAACUUCACUAUAAGUAACAAGGAAACAGUUAAAAACAGCGAUGUUCUGUUCCUGGCUGUGAAACCUCCCAUCAUUCCCUUCAUUCUGGACGAGAUUGGCUCAGAUAUAGAGAAUCGCCACAUCGUGGUCUCAUGUGCUGCUGGUGUCACUAUCAGCUCCAUUGAGAAGAAACUCUCUGCCUUCUGUCCCACCCCGAAAGUGAUCAGGUGCAUGACUAACACACCUGUGAUCGUGCGGGAAGGUGCUACCGUCUAUGCCACAGGGACUCACGCAGAGGUGGAAGAUGGGAAGCUCCUGGAACAGCUGAUGGCUAGUGUGGGCUUCUGCACUGAAGUAGAAGAAGACCUAAUAGAUGCUGUUACAGGCCUCAGCGGCAGCGGCCCUGCUUAUGCAUUCACAGCCCUGGAUGCUCUGGCAGAUGGAGGUGUGAAGAUGGGGCUUCCUCGCAGGCUAGCUGUCCGCCUUGGAGCCCAGGCCUUACUGGGUGCUGCCAAAAUGCUGUUGGAAUCUGAGCAGCAUCCUGGGCAGCUGAAGGACAAUGUCUGCUCACCUGGGGGAGCCACCAUCUAUGCCCUGCACUUCCUGGAGAGUGGAGGCUUUCGCUCGCUGCUCAUCAAUGCCGUGGAGGCCUCCUGCAUUCGCACAAGGGAGCUGCAGCACCUGGCGGAUCAGGAGAAGGUCUCCCCGGCUGCCAUUAAGAAGACCCUUCUGGAUAAGGUGAAGCUGGAGUCUCCCUCUGUUUCCAUGGCUUCUGCCAACAAAGUCAGUCUGUUCAGCAGCAGCUGGGCGCCCAGCAGCAAGAAGAACUGAAGGGAUGAGGCUCGGCCAGGCACCAGCCCUCUUGCAUGCACUUUCUUCUCACUCUGUAAAGGAAAAGCUCUAGUCCUAGGCAUUCCCAGCCCUUGCCUGGCUCUCGGCCUGCAGCAACUCUGGGAGCGGUGCAAAGCUGUAGAGAAGGGACCUUAACUUCCAGCGGAGGGUGGGAACACUGUCACUAGCACUUCCUUCCCUUUGGGGGUGGGCAGUUGCUGCGUUACUGGCACAGCUGAUUGUCAGGGACACAAAGUGUCUCCUCUGGGCAGUGAGCUGGCUUCUCCAUAAAGCUAGCCCCUCCAUCCCCAUUAAUAAUCUCCUGGGCAGUAGUUUAUUUUGAUGGCUUAUUUUAAGGGGUAUCCUGCUGCUCCUUGGCUCUGAAGGUUAGAGCGGGGCCUUGGGCCCCUCGUGGCCCCAUGGUUCCUAUCCCCAUCUUUUUCUUCACCACCCAGAGUAGAAUCCAUCCCCUCUGUGCAUCAUACUGGGGUUGGGCUCAAAGUUGUCUUCCACUGAGAGCAGCAGCCUUGCUUUCCCCUCAGCCAGAAUCCACGUUUCAGUCGCUGCAUGAUGCAGCCCACAUAUUUUUCUGUGCAGAACUCAGAGCAUGUGUCUCUCUUCCUGUGCCAGGUGUGCUUUGCAGGCCAGGCUAUCUGAACAUCCCCCUUCUGAACACACUGCUGGGGACACAGCCACUUCUCCUCCUUCAGCACCCUUCCUGGAUGAGCAGCUCAAAAAGCCUCAACUCAAGCGCGUGUUCCCUUUCCCUUCUGCCUGUGAACAGGGUCCAGUCCCAACCUUACCACCACUGAAUGCUUCAGUUUUCAUCCCAUGUCUGAAAUGCUUUCCGUGUUCCUUAGCAUGUUCUCUACCUGCUGCCUUGGGGGCAGAGAGGGCAGGGGGAACCCCCAUUUAGGUCACACCUGGUUCCAGGCCCCAGCAGGAUUUGCCUGUUUCCCAGUGUCUUGUCCAGUUGUGUAUGCAGAGACUGUCAGCCCUUCCCUUGGAGCUGAUUUCACAGGGUUCUUCCAUAUACAUGUGGUUCCUUUCUAACUUCAUCUCAUUCCCCAACAUUUACAUCAGUCCUCGAUGGUUUCCAGCUCCACCACCCUUUGUGCUCCAGCUCAAACUGAAAACUUUCCUCCUUUUUGUACUGGAGCCCUGGCAGUUCCUCCCCUGGCCUUGCUGCACUCUCUCUUUUUUCCUGCCCUCUCCUCUUAUCUGUCACAUGCCCUCCCAUCUCCAGCUCCCUGGAAGGUGGUGCACUAAAGGGACAGAGGAGAAAUGCGUGGGCUGGCAGACACUGGCCAUGGAGGUGGGUGUUGAACCUAUCAGUAUUUCACUCACUGCUUUGUGUGACACAUUUACAGCAAAGGGCUAAGCUGAUCUAUGUUUACAUAGCUUCCCUGCCCCUGUUGCCCCUCCCCCCCCCCCCCCCCCCCCAAUGGAAACCCUGUUACACACCAAAGAAUCGCACGGGGUAGACAACAGUCCCCUGCUCUCCUUUUGCUUGGGUGCAGUGGAAGCCAGCAGGCAUGGCAAUGAUAUGGGUGGAUAAACGUUAUUCUAGACCAUUUCCUACCUCUGUUCCAACGGGGCGGGGGCAGGAGCGGGAAGGAAAGUCUGUCUGCAGGUGCUAGCAUUGUUCUUGAUCUGUCAGCAUCCUGGCUGCUGCUGGCCCUAGAAGGGAGGUGGCAGCAGCGCUUCACUUGCUGGGUAGUCUCCUCACCCAGCCCGUGGCUUCUGUCUCAGAGCUGAGGUUUACAGUCUGGUGGUGUCGGAGCCUCGUGGGCCAGGCCUCUGUGCAUAGACCCUUGGGGCUGAGACCCAGUGCAGGCAGCAUGUAGAGCACAGAAGGGUCUCUGGAAGUGUGUCCCCACUAGGCAGACAUGGCUCAGCUCAGACCAACCCACCUUCCUGCGGCCGAGGGAAGGGGGCUAGUCUGAGCAUCUGCACAUGUUCGUAGUAUGCUGUCUCAAGCCCAACUAGCACAUCUGUGGCCUGGGCUGGGAGGCUCACUCCCCUUUGCAGUGGAGACACACUGCGUGCAGCACAAAGGUAAAAGCUUUCUUGCUGUCCCAGCCCCUGCUUGGCAGAGGCAGCGUGGGACACUGUUGCUGAAUUACACACACUUGCUCCCCCUCCCUCUUUCCAGAAUAAACUUUGCUUCUCA